UGUUGGAAACAGACACCAGAAAGUCAUUCAGGAGUGAAGAGACGCUGGAUGCGCGUGAAGACUCGGGUGUUGCUCUGUGCCAUUGAAAGACAGAGGCGUGUUAUUCAUUGACCCGAGGGGAAAGCGCGUUUUACAUGCACUGCGAUCUCUUCUUAAGGACCGAAGGAGUAAAGUUUGGGAAGCGCGCGGAUCUUUUGGAGUUGACGCGGCAGUCGCCAAACAGAGAGGCUCCUCUCCGCUCCUGAGAGGUCACCAGACAGUUUAACCGAGACUCGUGUCCACCGUUCCCAACUGAUCAACAUGAGCUGCUUCUCCAGUGAACGACACUGGCCGUUUCCAAGAGUCCGUCUCGAGAAGAUGAACACUGACCAGACGUUCUGGAGAAUGUGUGAGCCCAGUCCACCUGCUCUGCCUCCCCAUGCCAAGGGCCAUGUGACCAUGGUGGGUGUCGGUAUCAAGCUUGAAAACGACGAAUCGGGUGGCAGAGGUGUCAACAGGGAAUCCCAGCAGUCCCCGCUGGCCUCUGAUUGGUCGUCUCGACUGCCUGCUGAGAGAGAAGACCCUGAAAAGUCAGGACCACCUAACUGCCAGUCUCCUUUGGUGAGAUCUCCCGGUAAAGAACGUCCACGAUCGCGCACACCCGCCAGUCAGGAAGGAAAUCAGAGAGCCCACGACAAAAGUGACUGCAAACCAAAUGUCGGCGAAGUAAUGCCCACAAUUGAGAAGCUGCUGAAUACAGACUGGAAGGAGAAGUUCUUGGGGAGGGGUCUUCAAAGCAGCAUCAGUCUAAAAGGAACCCCCGAGAGCCUGGCGGAGAAGGAGCUUCAGUUAUUGCUGAUGAUAAACCAGCUGUCCGGUCUACGCGAGCAGCUCCUCGGGGCUCACUCCGAACAGAGGAACAUGGCUGCUCUUCUCCUGGAGAAACAGCAGCAGCAGAUGGAACUGGCUAGACAACAGCAGGAACAGAUCGCUAAACAACAGCAGCAGCUCAUACAACAGCAACAUAAAAUCAACUUACUGCAACAACAAAUUCAGCAGGUAAACAUGCCGUACGUUAUGAUCCCGGCAUUUCAUCCCAACUCCCAGCCGAUGCCCGUCUCCUCCGAGUCACAGAUGGGUUUACCGCUGCAGCCCAUCCCCUGCAAACCAGUGGAAUAUCCCAUGCAUUUACUCUCCAAUCCUCAAUCCAACCCCGUCAAAAGGUCCAGUGCAGUUUAUCGACAGGACACCAGUCAACCUCUCAACCUCACGGCUAAACCCAAGACCCCAAGUCCCCAGGCACUGGAACUGGCCACGGCCCACCUGCAGACGGGAUACAGGCCCAGAGAUUUACAGCACAGUCCACCUCGAUCUGCUCUUAGCCUUAGCUUCUUGGGAGAGGGCGACGUUGUGACCCAAGCCAUCCACGAUGCCCAGCAGCUGUUGCGUGGCGGACAAGGCCCGGCGGGCCGAGAGAGGGGCCGAGACAGGGAAAACAACAGUAGGAUGGAGGUGUCUCGAGAUGAAGGACAGACCCUACGGAUGAAUGAGGAACACCUCAGUAGUGACUCUGAGGGGCAUUUGGUCAACUCUGGUGUGGUGAGUUUUGGUGACACCCGCACACCCACCUCCGCUCACAUCAAGCGUCCCAUGAACGCCUUCAUGGUUUGGGCUAAAGACGAGAGGAGACGCAUCCUACAGGCCUACCCCGACAUGCACAACUCCAGUAUCAGCAAGAUACUUGGUUCCCGCUGGAAGACCAUGUCCAAUCAGGAGAAGCAGCCGUACUACGAAGAGCAGGCCCGACUCAGUCGCCAGCACCUGGAGAGAUACCCGGACUACAAAUACAAACCUCGCCCGAAGCGCACCUGUAUCGUCGAGGGCAGACGACUGCGGGUGGGAGAGUACAAAGCCAUGAUGAAGAGCCGACGACAGGAGCAGCGCGUGCCGUACCCUCAGAGCCAAUCAGAACAGCAGCUACCCUACACCACGGGUGACGGACAGUACCCCACCACUCCCGUACCCAUGGCGACCUUGCCUAUGCAUCCCGUCCUCCUGGAGCAUUUCCUCCCUCGUGGUCUGGAGCCCGCCCAGGCCCGAGGCGUCGAGCAACGGGAGGCCGUGCGACCUAGACAGCCCUACAGCGAAGGGGAAGAGAGCGAUGUGGGGGAACGCAGUGAGGGGGAGCUGGUGGUCCUCACUGACUGAGAUGGAACGAUAGAAAUGUGUUAGAAAGAGGGACGUCCGUGCAGACGGUUCUGUUACUGAGACCUCUAGGAGUGAAGGCAGCAGACGUGUUGAAGAGAAACUCGGUGAUGUGAUCCCAGUCUGAAAGAACAAGGCUUUGGAUUUCAAGCUGCACCUUUACCUGUAAGAUCACAAAUCUUUAGUCUUUUGGAGCGAUGAAACUGUUUUGCAAUUGCAAAUUUCACAUCUGUCAGGUGUCACACUAGUACAGACUCUGCUGGAGAGGUACUGUGUAUAGACUGUUCAUUUACUUUUUUUUGUUCAGUAACAUUUUACAAUCAGACGAUUGGCAAUAACCGUUUUAAAUUAAUCGUUUUCAAAAAAAAACGAUGGUAUUAUUUCUCUCUUGUCGUUUCAAAUCUGUAUGCUCGAUUCAUGUCACUUGCAUCCUAUUUCGAAAGAUGUUCUUCAUCGCUUAUGGUUGACCGAUUUGCAAAUUCUUGCACGGGAUUGUGGGUAGUUUCCAGUAUGCGCACCAAGUGCACCGAUUCUCCUUAAAGGGAUAGUUCACCCCGAAAUAAAAAUGGUGUCAUUUAUUUACCUUCCUGUUUUUUAAACCCGUUUAACUUUCAUCUGUGGAGUCGUUUUGUGAAACGUCUUGUUCUGGUUUGCAGUGGUGGUCAAUGGCGUUCCGCGUUUUUUAGUUACAAACGUUCUUCGAUCGUAUUUUGUGUUCUGAAGAAUUGAGGUUGAGUAAAAGAUUAAAGAACGAUCAUAUUUGGGUGAAUUAUCCCUUUAAGAGAAUUUGGCGUCACCGAACUGUGCAUGAAGAUUUUUUAAAUAACAACAUACAGGUUUGGAACUGCAUGAGGAUUCACGUUUGUGUUAAUUAUUAUUUCUGUAAGAACCCGAUUCAGAGUUCUCUUGAAUCUUAGCUGUAUAAUAUCUUCGGUUCGCUUGGCUUAAGCCUCUGCGUGUUAUCACGCUUCUGGAUGUCACCAGGGUUUUCCUGCAUAAGUUCCUGUUAAGAUUGUGCCAAGGUACUUUCCAAAGCUCCAGGGCUGAAAAAAAAAACAGGGGACCUGGAAAAGAACUCCUUGUCCAGCUUAUUUUUAUUAUAUAUAGAUGUUCUUGUAGGGAGAUUUAAGCGAUCUGUCCCUUUAAGAGACUGCCUUCGCAUUCACUGUUCGAGUUUUGUCAUGGUGGUGGCGCCCUCUGCUGGUUCCAUCGGAUUACUGCACUUACAAUAUUUCUCAUUGAUUUGGUUCUUUUGAUAGAUUAGUGCACAACGAACACUUGAAAUGCACUUUUUUACCUUCUAAUAUAUUUUUUCAAGCCCUCAUUACUCAAAACAGAUACAUUUUUCAGAGUAGAAUUUUGCACUUGAUGUACAUAUGCAAACCAUUUCUACUAUUCAUUUUGUUAAGGAAGAUGUGAAUAAUUCCCUUCCCUAAAUCACUUCUAUUUUAAAUUGCUUUCUUUUUUUAGAGUGUGUGUUUGUAGAGUGAGUUUGCGUUGAAGAAAAGAUUUAUCAUUCCAGUUCUUGACUGGGUCCUUGUUAUAUGGGCCAAGAGAUUUACAACGGAGCUGAAAUGUAAAAAAAAAAGUUUUAAAAACAUAUUUUAACAUUUUUAAAUUCGCCGGUGAGUGAACUGUUAUGAUACACAAGACGUGUUACAGAAAAUGCUGAAAUUAUGUAUAUAUAUCUUGAUAAAGAAAUACAGUUUGUAUUUUAUUUGUAGAAUCUGAUCUGGACAACUGUUGCAAAACCAGCUGUUGUAAAAUAUAGAUAGACUUUAUUUUGUUUAUAAUGUGUAUAAUUUAAAAGUGUACAUGUUUUUUUCUGUAUGUUGAGUUUUCCAAGAACGUUUUGUGGUUUGUUUUUUGAAGCUUAAUUAAAAUGUUAUGUUCACUUA